AUGGCUCGACUAGGCCGGGGAGGCUUCCUCGCCCUGGCGGUUAUCUUCCACCUCGUCUACAUCUUGUCCAUCUUCGACAUAUAUUUCGUCAGUCCCAUCGUCCAUGGAAUGAGGCCGUAUGAUGUCCCACGAGAUCAACCUCCAGCGAAAAGACUUGUCUUGUAUGUUGGCGAUGGACUGAGGGCAGAUAAAGCCUUCCAAUCCUUCCCAGAUCCCUCACCUCCUGACCCCGCCAACGCCGACUUGACCCCUCGACCGUUGGCCCCGUUCCUUCGCUCUCGCGUUCUAGAACAUGGCACUUUUGGUGUUUCUCAUACAAGAGUCCCUACUGAAUCAAGACCGGGUCAUGUUGCGCUGAUAGCGGGUCUCUAUGAAGAUGUGUCCGCUGUCACAACCGGUUGGAAACUCAAUCCUGUUGAUUUUGACAGUGUCUUCAACCGGAGUCGGCACACAUGGAGUUGGGGAAGCCCUGACAUCCUUCCCAUGUUCAAAGAGGGCGCAACUCCAGGUCGAGUAGAUUCUGAUCAAUAUGGUGAAGAUUUUGAAGACUUCACUCGAGAUGCAACUAUGUUGGACACCUGGGUAUUUGACAAAGUUAAGGAUUUGUUCCAGUCGGCGAGUACAAAUGCCACGCUGAAUACUAUGUUACGGCAGGACAAAUUGGUGUUCUUUUUGCAUCUCUUGGGAUUGGAUACUACAGGUCACUCCUAUCGCCCCUACUCCAAAGAAUACCUGCACAAUAUCAAGAUCGUCGACCAGGGAGUCCAAGAGAUCACCAAAUUGGUUGACGAGUUCUAUGACGAUGGCGAAACUGCUUAUGUGUUUACCGCCGACCAUGGCAUGAGUGAUUGGGGCAGUCACGGAGACGGUCAUCCGGACAAUACAAGAACGCCCUUGAUUGCAUGGGGCGCUGGUGUGGCUACUCCGCAGCUCUAUCCCAACAGCAAAGCCCCUGGACACGAAGACGGCUUCUCCUCUGAUUGGGGACUGGAUCAUGUUCGUCGACAUGACGUUAGCCAAGCUGAUGUCGCUGCUCUGAUGGCAUACUUGGCUGGCUUAGAAUUCCCUGUGAAUUCAGUCGGGGAGUUGCCAUUGUCCUAUCUUUCCGCCACUCCCAAAGAAAAGGCCAAUGCAGCGCUCGCCAAUUCCAAACAAGUUUUGGAGAUGUACACAGUCAAAGAGGAGCAAAAGAAAGCCACAGCAUUGAAGUUCCAACCCUAUCCACCAUUCUCAAGGACCAAUUCUUCUAUCGUAGAUCGAAUUGCCGUUAUUGAAUCCGCCAUAUCAACUCAGCAUUAUGAAGCAGCAAUCGAGAUUUCGGCGGACCUGUUACAUCAUGCUAUUCAAGGAUUGCGUUAUUUGCAGACUUAUGACUGGCUUUUUCUCCGAGCCUUGAUCACUUUGGGUUAUCUAGGUUGGAUCAUAUACGCCAUUACUACAGUCAUCGAUUUACAUGUUCUGCAUGGUGCCGUAUCAGAUGAGAGAACUCUUGCCUCGACUACCGCAUUCUCAUCUGUCCUAGCUGUCUUGUAUUCAUCCUUUGUCAUUGAUCGAUCACCCUUGACAUACUAUGCAUAUGCCGCAUUCCCGGUUUUCUUUUGGGAAGAAAUCUUUGCUCGGAGAAAAGCAUUGGUCUCUGGCUUUAGAGCUCUCUUCGGGCAUAUUCAAGGAGUUUCCGGCUAUUCAGCAUUAGCCUUUCAGGCAGCAUUAUACCUUGCUGUGCUCGAGGCAUUUGUACAAUCAUAUUUUCACCGUACAAUUCUGACAGUGUGUUACAUUAUCGGUGCCGUCUACCCCAUUUCCUACGGCAAGAAUUUUGUACGCGACAAUCUUCUUCUUGUCGUUGCAUGGGCAGCUGGUUGUUUGGUUUUAAGCACAUUUACUCUGCUACCAGCAAACAAGAUCGAAGAUUCGACCGCUAUUACAGCUGGAGGCUUACUCAUGGUUGGCGCUGGUUUAAUCUAUCUCCUAUUCGAAUAUGAGAUUACUUCCAGAUCGAAGUCUAUGAACGCAACGAAACCUCAACCUAACCAGAUUUCUCGGGUUCUCAUGGGGCUUCAAAUCGGAGUUAUUGUACUAACAAUCAUCGUCACACGCUCGAGCGCUGCAUCCAUUCAGGCCAAGAAAGGUCUGCCACUAGGAAAUCAAGUCGUUGGAUGGUUCGUCUUGAUUUUGUCUUUAAUACUACCAUUCGUACAUCGAAUCUCUCCCAACAGGCAUUACCUCCAUCGAUUGGUAAUUAUCUUUCUCACGUUCUCACCAUCGUUCAUCCUUUUGACAAUCUCAUAUGAGGGAUUGUUCUUCUUCACAUUUUGUUCCACCUUGCUAGCAUGGGUACGCCUAGAGAAUGUCAUCCAGUUACACAGCGUGGCAACGGUCGCACCUUCGACAUCCCAAGUGCCUGACAAGGUUCCAAAUGGGGUUACAAUUACUUCGAUGUCAGACCAGCCUGCAAAUCUUCAGUCGGAAACCACUUUCCGAACCCUGGCCCUGCCUGAUUUGCGCCGGGCACUAUUCUUCCUCUUCUUCCUUCAAUCCGGGUUUUUUUCUACAGGAAACAUCGCAUCAGUUUCCAGCUUCAGCCUUGAUGCAGUCUACCGACUAAUUCCAGUUUUCGACCCCUUUUCACAAGGUGCCCUCCUUCUCUUUAAAAUCAUGGUCCCGUUUGCGAUCAUCUCCGCAGCACUAGGCAUCCUUAAUCGUCGCCUCGGUUUGCAAUCAUCGGCACUGUUCAUGGUCGUUAUGGCUAUUAGCGAUGUGAUGACGUUGAAUUUCUUCUGGAUGGUUAAGGAUGAAGGCAGUUGGUUAGAUAUCGGGACCACUAUUAGUCAUUUCGUCAUCGGGAGCGGUCUAUGUGUGUUCGUUGCUGGGCUAGAAGGUGUUAGUGAAGCGCUCAUUAAGGGUGUUGAGGUCGAUACUUUUGAAGCUAAAGUGAAAAAGGACGGAGGUGUGGAAACAAUAGGCGGAAAGAAAGCCGUUGAGAAUGGAAGUGUCAAUGGCACAGCAAAUGGAGUUGUUGCUGAAGAAAGGCUUGUGAUUGAUUGA